AUUUAUCAGAAGAGCUCCCUAAAAAUGGCAGGUGCUAGGACCUAGUGGAAUUCAGGCAACUUCAGUGGGAGGUGAGCCAUGGCAUGUGGGCCGCAUGUGGGCCGCGGGGCGUGGUGCAGCGGAGGCAGGGACAGAAAAGCCAGUUCUUCCGCCCGGGAGCUCGGCAGGCUCCGUUUCGGCUCUCUUCAUCCCUCUCGUUCAACGGGAAGCAUGUUUCUCGCCAAGGCGUUUUUGGAAGGGGCAGAUCGUGGCCUCGGGGAAGCCCUGGGAGGCCUUCUUGGAGGAGGAGGUCAGAGACGAGGCGGAGGAGGAGGAGGACGGGGCAAUGUUGGCGGGAUCGUUGGCGGACUGGUGAAUCUCAUCAGCGAGGCUGCAGCAGCUCAUUACACCCCGGAGCCACCGCCCACCCAGGAGCAUUUCACCAACGUGGAGGCCCACGAGAGCGAGGAGGUCAGGCGGUUUCGGCAACAGUUUGCGCAGCUGGCGGGCCCGGACAUGGAGGUGGGGGCCACCGACCUCAUGCACAUCCUCAACAAAGUCCUCUCCAAGCACAAGGACCUGAAGACCGAGGGCUUCAGCCUGGACACCUGCCGCAGCAUCGUGUCCGUCAUGGACAACGACACCAACGGGAAGCUGGGCUUCCAGGAGUUCAAGUACCUGUGGACCAACCUGAAGAAGUGGCAGUGCGUGUUCAGGCAGUUCGACCAGGCCCGCGCCGGGGCCCUGAGCAGCUCCCAGCUGCGGGCCGCGCUGCAGGCCGCCGGCUUCCAGCUCAACGAUCAGCUGUACCACAUGAUCGUCCGGCGCUACGCCGACGACGAGGACGGCAGCAUGGACUUCAACGGCUUCAUCAGCUGCCUGGUCCGCCUGGAUGCCAUGUUCCGGGCCUUCAAGUCCCUGGAUAGAGAUGGGGGCGGCCGGAUCCAGGUGUCCAUCCAGGAGUGGCUGCAGCUGACCAUGUAUUCCUGAGGCCGGCAGCACCCCCCCGCCCCUGGAGGACAGGACUGCCUGCCGAAAGCACCCCCCUACCCCCCACACCCCACCCCGUGCUGACUGCAUGGCUGCGGACGCCCCGGCCCCCAGCUGUCAUCUCCUGGACGCGCGCUGCUUCUUACUGCUUAAUUAAAACAGAUUUGCCACGAG